CAUAGAGUGGUGUUCGAUGGCAAUCAGACGGCACACGAUUCAUUCCCAGCUUCACACACCGAGUGAGUAAGAGAACACUUUGCUGACACGCCGAUCAGCAGGCUAAGCACGCUCGAUCUUGUCGGCGAUCAGCAGUCAGCACAUGGCGUCGGAGAAGAGCAAGAUCCUGGUGGUCGGCGGCACGGGGUACCUCGGCCGGCACGUCGUGGCGGCGAGCGCGCGGCUGGGCCACCCGACCUUCGCGCUCGUCAGGGACGCGGCGCCGUCCGACCCGGCCAAGGCGGCGCUGCUCAAGAGCUUCCAGGACGCCGGCGUGACGCUCCUCAAGGGCGACCUCUACGACCAGGCCAGCCUGGUGAGUGCCGUCAGGGCCGCGGACGUGGUCAUCUCCACGCUCGGGUCGUUGCAGAUCGCCGACCAGACCAGGCUCAUCGACGCCAUCAAGGAGGCCGGCAACGUCAAGAGGUUCUUCCCGUCUGAGUUCGGGCUGGACGUGGACCGCACGGGCAUCGUUGAGCCGGGCAAGACACUCUUGUCCGGCAAGGUGGCCGUCCGGCGCGCCGUCGAGGCCGCCGGCAUCCCCUACACGUACGUGGUGGCCGGCUUCUUCGCGGGCUAUGCGCUGCCCAGCAUCGGGCAGGCCCUCGCCCAGGGGCCUCCCGCCGACAAGGCCGUCGUCCUCGGCGACGGCAACGCCAAGGCCGUGUACGUGGAGGAGGGCGACAUCGGGACGUACACGGUGCUCGCCGCCGACGACCCGCGCGCCGAGAACAAGACGCUGUACGUGCGGCCGCCGGCCAACACGCUGUCGCACAACGAGCUGCUGGCGCUGUGGGAGAAGAAGUCCGGCAGGGCGUUCGAGCGGGAGUACAUCCCGGAGGAGGCCGUCCUCAAGCAGAUCCAAGAGUCGCCGGUGCCGCUGAACAUCAUCCUGGCGAUCGGGCACGCGGCGCACGUGAGGGGGGAGCAGACCGGCUUCGAGGUCGACCCGGCGAAGGGGGCGGAGGCCGCCGAGCUGUACCCGGACGUCAAGUACACCACCGUCGACGAGUACCUCGACAGGUUCCUCUGAGGAAGACGGCGCGCGUGAUAAGAUCGAUCGAGCGUGCCUACCCGCACCGGCCAGGUCCUGAUGUCGAUUUCCGCGGUAAUAAGAUCCGUUCCCUUUCGUGGAUCCUGAUCCAGUUUUUGUUGCGUCGGUAUGUACUGUAUGUGCUGCUUGCUACUCUUGUAAUGAACGGCCCAUUUCUUAAGCAAUCCCCGGGCCGGUUGAUCGGUGAGGGCCGGUCUGCCUCGCCGUGGCAUGUGUGGCGUCAGGCCGGCGCCUUCGGCCUGCAGCAGGCGGAUCCCAGUCGCGAGCGUGACUAAUCAACGUCCCCGCCCUGUAACGUCGCGAGCCAGGCCGCAGCAGGCCCCUCGCCCGUGCAGCCGUGAACCAGGGUGUCGUACGCCGCCCGAGGAGGACGCCGGCGCCUACACGGUCCGGGCCGCCGCCGACCCCCGCGCUGUACGUCAAGCCGCCGGCCAACACGAUGUCGAGCUCUGUCGAUGUGGGAGAAGAAGACCGGCAGGACGUUCCGGCGGGUCUACGUCGCUGAGGACGCCGUCCUCAAGAUGACGGCACCACACGCCUGGUUCUUCUUCCUGAGAAGACGGCAUCUGCGUUGCAUUUACUGUGAAAUGUGAACGGGGUCGACGACUCUGCAGGGGCUCCUCUGGCGCUGGGCAUCGCGCUGUCGGUCGCGCACGCGGCGAACAUCUUGGGGGAGACCGACUUCAAGAUCGAGCCGUCGAUGGGGGCGGCCGCCGGCGAGAUGUACCCGGACGUCGUGUGCUGAACAGGCUGCUGCCGACAGGUUCCUCUGAACGUAAUCCGCAGGGGCACAAGUGUGCGCUGACAUCGCUGGCGGCGCUUUGCGGCACAUUUUUAAUUUUUUAUGCAUCUAUGCGUGGAUGCUAUCUGGUCGGUCCAGAUGAUGUUACCGCCUCGCUCGGCUACUCGUGCUGGCGAGCUUGCUGUUGCAGUGUUGUAUCACGAGUAUUCCUUUUGAGCUUCAGUUUGUGUUUGAUCUCAAAUAAGUAAUAGUGGAUGGAUCGACCUUGGUUUCAAA